AUGCGCACCAUUACGUUUACCUUCUACCGAAAACACUUUUUGGGAUUCGGCUGUCCCUCAACUCGCCACAAUGUCAACAAUCAACACUUCGGAGCUCUCAUGCUCGCCCUUGCAGCCGGCAGCGCGGCCUUGCCUUGGUCAUCAACCGCGACUUCCAGCUCGGCAGCUGCACCAACCGGCACUCCUUCCCCUCCGGAUUCGACAUGGCAAAAAGCCGGGGUAAACUCAGCCCUUACUCAGAUACUGACGGGCUUGGCCUGCCAAAGGGGUCCCCCACGGGGCUGUGAGCUGUCCCAGGUGCACGUUCUCCACCGCCACGCGCAACGGUACCCCGUUUCCUCGGAUUUCUUGUACAUCGCAACAUUUGUCAGUGCUUCAAAGAAUUAUACCACAAAACACCCGCAUGCCGAGAUCGGCCCAGGAACGCUCGCGUCCUUGAACGAGUGGGAGGUUUGCUGCGCGAAGACACUCUUGUUCCCGCAGGCGCGGCCACUGAAGCUGCAGUUGGGGCAGAGUUCUGGUCGACAUUUUUACGAUGUUGCUCGGGCUCAGGCUAACUGGAAUGGUUCUUUCUUGCAGAACGCACGCUGGAGGCUGAGCGGUUUCUUCAGCAAUACCGGUGCCAACAGCUCAUUGCCGGAAUAUGACCACAUUAUUAUGCCUGAGAAGACCGAGUACAAUGACACCCUCUCAUCCUCAAGCUGUCUCAAGUUAUACGAUCUGUACAGUUUCGGCUCUCCAGCUGGACGGGCCCUCGACAUCGGCUAUGCGCAAGAGCUAGCGGCACGCCUUGAGCACAAGUUGAUCAAGAGCAGCGACAGCAGCAUCAACUCGACAUACGACGACAACGCCAAGGACUUCCCUUUGGACCAGCCAUUUUACAUCGAUAUCCCGUGCGAAAUGCCGGCCAAAGUUCCGCACGCACUACCGCGUGGCUUCAAACUGAAAAAUAUGGUUCCUUUCGGAGCUCGCCUGGUCACUGAAGUCUGGACUUUUCCUAAGAACACCUCUUUCCACGAUCUGCAGUCCCUUCUCUACAAAAACCCGGAUCUUUUCUCGAAGAGCACUGAGCAUUAUAACCGCCUGGCGCUGAAUAAUGCUCCUGUUCCGCUUGAUGGGCUAUCGGCUUGCCAGUCGGUCAACGGCUUCUGUUCGGUGAAGAGCUUCCUCCGCCAGGUGCCUAAACUCACCAAGGAGGCAAAGUACGAGGAAGCCUGUUUCGCCUCCUACAACGCCACUAUCUCUGCUGAUAAUGGACAGCCGCCGAAGAAAUAG